AUGCCCCAUACAGGCCAGGCGGGUGUCAAUCAGUUGGGCGGAGUCUUCGUCAAUGGACGCCCAUUGCCAGACUGUGUGCGUCGACGCAUCGUCGACUUGGCGCUGUGUGGCGUUAGGCCUUGCGACAUAUCCCGACAGUUAUUGGUAUCUCAUGGAUGCGUUUCCAAAAUUUUGACGCGCUUUUAUGAGACAGGUUCCAUCCGGCCGGGAUCUAUUGGUGGCAGCAAAACGAAGCAAGUUGCAACGCCCACUGUGGUCAAAAAGAUAAUACGCCUGAAGGAGGAAAACAGUGGCAUGUUCGCUUGGGAAAUACGUGAGCAACUGCAGCAGCAGCGUGUUUGCGAUACCAGCUCUGUGCCGUCGAUCAGCUCAAUUAAUCGUAUAUUGCGUAAUAGUGGUCUCUGGACAGAUGAGAUGACUUCCAGUCAACAGAACGCGGCAGCUGCAGCAGCGGCAGAGGCAGCGGCAGCGGCUCAUCAGAUUUCUGGCAGCGGUACGCCUACCGCUUAUGCCUCGUCUGCGCAGCUGUAUGCAAGCGGCGGCAAUGCAGCCGCCGUAGCUACACGUAUUACGCCCACUACUGGCACGCCCCCUAUGUCGACGUCAAGCUUGCAUUCACGCUAUACCAAAGCGUCACCUUCGCCUUCAUUACUGAGUGAUGGGCUACCUCUCAAACCCGCGCCCAAGCUGCCUCCAUCUCAUGGCAAUAGUCCUAGUCAUGGACUGGCAACUGCCGUGUCCAGUCAGUUGGGUGGCUUAGAUUUAAGCUACUCGGCACUGCACAAGCACUGGCUAUGGAAUCCUUCACUGCUCUACUAUACCCAAGCACACAUGCAGGCAGCCCAGGCGGCAGCAGCAACGGGCGGUCCGAUUUUGCCCUAUGGAGGCGCCUUCAUAGCUCAUGGUGCAGUCAGCAUGGCCGCUGUGGCUGCAGUUACGGCAGGAAGCUGUGCAGUUGGUGGCGGUUUCACAAAAUCUGAGAGCUCAAUUGAUCUGACCAAACCGUGCGCCAUGGGCGAUCCGUUGAGUGACUGCGAUUCAGGAAAAUCCUCGCCGUUGGCGCUUACUCUGAGUGCAGAUACAGCGAGCGUUACAGAUAUGGUGAGCAGCAGUCCUAAUAGUCGCAAGAGGAAUCCAUACUCCAUUGAGGAGCUACUAAAGAAGCCUGAGAAGCGUUUGCGUUUCAGCAGCGAAUCGCAGGCCAGUUUGGAUCGAUGUACGGCCAAGCGUGAUAAUGUUGAAUGCAUAAGUUCAAGUUCCACUUCAAGCUCCAGCGAAAGCAAUACUAGCAACGUCAGCUUCGAUGAUACAGCUACAUUGACAAGAUCUCAGCUGGAAGAAGCUGACAAUGAGGAAGAUUGCAGUGUCGAGGUUGUCAACUAG